GUGUCGGUGCGCUCCGCGGGGAGCUCAUCAUCACCACUUUAAGACGCACCACAGAGGGAGCGCACACAGGGAGCACAGGGAGUACCUUGUUACCCCGAAGGGAAACACUGUGCCGAUCUUUGCUUACUGUCUUAAAAAGACUCAACUGAAUUUUGAGGGGGAAAAACGCCCUCUAAGUUGGAAAAAAGUUUAUUUGAAGCUAAUGCGACCUUAUCCGACUGAGGUAAUUUGCAAGAUGGCUGUGGUCAUUACGCACGAACGGAGCUACUCUCAAUGUUUGUCAGGACAGUUGUAGAUCAAAAGCGUGUAGUUUUGUCUUUCUUUUGACUUUUGUUUGAAGAUUUACAUAAAAAUCCUCAUUUGGAUUCCAAGUUCUGCCUGAGACUGUGCGCCACUGAAGUGGAGUCCUGUAUUUUGGAGCUGAAAACCCGCAAGGAAGUAUGAAUGCUUCUCUUUUCAACAUGACCCAUGGCGCGCUGUUUAACGGGAGCCAGACCCUCGCUGAGGCUUUGGAUACGUAUUCAAAUAACAGCUCAGACAUGGUGAUGACCGGUGACGGCGGAGGGUCCCUGGUGCUGCUGCAGGAUGAGCGCAAACUCUUUGUCAUGCGGGUGGUCCAGAUCGCGGUGCUGUGCGUCCUUUCCCUUACAGUGAUGUUCGGCAUUUUUUUCCUCGGAUGCAACCUGAUGAUCAAAUCAGAGAGCAUGAUUAACUUCCUGGUGAAGGACCGGAGACCGUCCAAAGACGUAGAAACUGUCAUGAUUGGUCUCGGCUAAAGGGCAGAACUCAGACACUGUGGGAGAACCAGAACGGGGAUCCAGCGCGGAUUUUAGGAUCUGCAUGUGCACGGAACAAUCGAAGAUGCUUGAUUUGUGUCAAGAUUGAUGAUAUGCAAAAAAACUUUCCUUCCAAAAAAAAAGAAAAAAACAAAACAAAACAGGGAAGUAUUCCUAAACGACCAAUGUGUGUGCGUAAAGUUCGUGCGUAAACCCAAUGGCAGUUGUUUACAUGUUUAAAACGAUGUAUUACGUAUAUGGAGUGCUUUUAAAAUUGCCAACUUAAACAAAGUAACAACAACGUUUACGAACUGUUACCUCAUGUUUCUUCUUUCUUUUAAAACGAUUGCGUUACAAAUAUCUCUAAGCAUGGUUAUUUCUUAUCGCCCAACGCCUGCCAGUGUAAUCCAUGGACAUGAUGUAGGUAUUUUCUUAAGACAAAUUAUUUUCUCGGUUUUAAUCAAUGAAAACACUUUUAAAGGCCGAUUUUUGUAGAUUAUUUUAAAAUAUUAAAACUCCUUAACAGCUUGAUGGAGUGAUUGUAUACUUGGCAUGCUCGCGGACUCAUCUAAAAAGAGUGAUUUUUGACACGUUUUGCACUUUUAAGACUGCUGCAUGAUAUAUUUUGUACUAAACUGUUUAAACUGCAGCAUGCAAUUAAAUAUUGAAAUUCA